AUUGUGGGAUAUAAAAUAUUUUCUAUCUUUUAUGAAUCAAAAUUUGACCCCAAAUAGUACAUCCUAAACAAGAUAAUAUUUAACAUUUUAUCUAGGAUAUUUAUUGGGAAUUUCAUUCCAUGAUCGUAUGUACAAAAUGAAAUAAAUUUUAUUUUUUGUUUGUUCAUCAAAAAUGUCCUUCAAUUUAGAUGUUGUUGGAUAGGAUUUUGUACAGUGUUUUGUGUGUGGUGUUGUUCGCACAUCACCCUUAAGCCACAUUCAAAAUAUUACAAUAAUUUAUAUGGACGAGAUGCGGUGCGUUUGUAAUAUACGUGCGAACAUAUUAAAUGGAUAAGUGGACGGUUAUCGGAUACAUCAAUGUCAUCCUUCAAAAACAGCAUCGUUAAAUAAAAUUAAUAUAGCAGAACAUUAUUGGAUUAUCUUGAGGAUACUGUAUGAAAAUAAUACGUAUAACAUUCGACUAGUAUAUGUGUGUUUUGUGUAACAAAUUUAUUUAUUUGUGGCAUGGUACCUAUUAAUAUAAUUCUCAAUUAUGGUUGUUGGUAUAAUGAGUGGAUAAAUUGUGUAAAUAAGUGAUUUUGAAGAAGAAGAAAAUAGAAAAAGUUCGAAGGAAGUAAAGAAGGGAAUAUAACAUACAGAUAUUUCCGGGUCCAUAAUGGUCUUUCGUGUAAAAUGUUUUGUUUAUAUGUUGAUGUACCAAAUAACAUGCAUUAUUAAUCGUAUUCGCUAUUGUAAAUGAGUGUAUAUUGUGCUGGUACUCGAGAAUUUGCAAAAGUUGCACAAUCUCAACUGGCCGCAACAAUAAAAACACGAUCCAAAUGCAAUGGAAAUGGUUUCAUGAUACAUUACAAUCGAAACACUUGAAAUAUCCCUCACAAGCGGCAAACAAUUGUCGAUGACAUCAUUCUUGUGGAUUAUUUAUGUUUUGGCAAUUGGCACAGCCAAAUGUGCUGAAACAAUGGUUUCAUGUGGUGGCUAUUUAACGGCCACGCAUGGCAUUAUACAAACACCGAAUUUCCCAAAUAAAUUCCAUGUUCCCAUCAAUUGCUUGUGGAUCAUUGAUGGAUCGGCAUCUACUAAAACCAACAUUUCCAUUGCCGUGUACUUUACACAACAAUAUGUGCUAAGCGGACUUAAAUUCACCGAAUACCUGUAUUACACCGAAGAUUAUAAAGUGCCAAGUCAACAAUCUUCGUUCGUUUGGAAUGAGGAUGCCAUGACACAGGUUUCGUGGGUACAAUUCCAAAGCCCAUAUCUGGAGAUUAAAUUUACCAUGACAAAUCUACAUGGAACACAUAUAAGAUCGCUGAACCGUCUCUUGGAUGUUUAUGGAUUUAAUAUAACGUACGAAAUAGAUGAAGUUAAGCCAUACCGAUGCAGUGCUCUGCAAUGUCACUUUUCGGGAAAUUGCUAUGUGAAACAGGACUUUUCGUCUUACUAUUGUGGUUGUUUUGAUGGAUUUUCUGGUGUCGAUUGCGGAUCGGGUCCACUUUGCAAAGAUGAGAAGUCUAAUUUUUGCGAAAAUGGUGGCACUUGCAAGCAAAUCGGUGAUGCAUCAAUCACAUGCGUGUGUCCCAGCGGUUUUACAGGAAGCAAAUGCGAAAUAUAUGAUUUCACUGAGGAAGAAUAUGACAAUGAUUUGGUAAAGUACAUAGUGCAUUAUCGUCUGGAAAAUAUUUUACAUCACAUCGACGAGAAAACUUUAUCCAAAUUUUUUGAGACCAAUCUAAUUCGGGCAUUAAGAGCUUUCAACGUUACCAAAAUAAAUACCAUCGAUGUAUACCGAACCACAAUUGCUAGUGCGGAUAUAACAUUUCAGUUUUUUGGUGCUAAAAAUGACGGCCCCAAAAUUCGUGACGUUGUACAAAAAUUGGAGGAAAGGGGACGACUCGAUAAUGUUUCUUUUAUUCCGACUAUGUUGGAAUUUCAUGAAGAGGCUGCGUUACGGUUGCAGUCACUUUUCGUCAAUACAAUGUCACCGAUUAGAGAAGGAGACGACUUUAAUCUAACCUGCACAGCUGAAGGAUCAUCGAAACUAAUGUUCAGAUGGUACAAGAAUAAAGUACUAAUAAAUGUAACGAAAGCUAGCUCACACCGGAAAAUAUGGCAAAUGGAUUUUCCCGAUAGGAAUGCCAAAGAUGUUUAUAUAUCACAUUUAGCUGUAACUCGAGCCAGUAGAUUUGAUAAGGGUGUAUAUACGUGCCAGGUCAUCGAUUCGGGUAUGGAACAAAGACGUUCAAUAGCAAUAAAUAUCUUAUCAAAGCCAGAACUACGUGUUGAUCCACCCAGCGUAACCAUAUACCGUGGAGAGUCAUUGCAUAUAAAAUGUGUAUCAGCUGACAAUGAUCAAACGCUUCUCCGGCUAGGAUAUAGUUGGCUAAAAAAUAAUGUAUUGUUUCAAUCGGACCCAGACGUUCAAAUGUGGGAAGACUUAUAUCCGGAUGGAAGCAUUCUGAAGAUAUAUAACAUUCAAAAAUCAGCAAACUAUACGUGCAUAUCGUCGAAUAAAGUUGGUAAAGUAUCGAAAAGUGUUUAUGUUAGUGUCGUCGACAUCGGUGCUAUUGAAUUGUGUUCGAAUGAUACAAUAUUUGGCACAUAUUGGCCAUCAAGUUCACCUGGAUCUCCAAUAAAAGGUGAUUGCCCAAAGCGAUUCGACGGAUAUUCGUUGAGAAUAUGUGAACAGAAAGGAUUCGGUAAACCAGUUUGGCUGUUACCAGACUUUUCGAAUUGUGUAGCUGAUUUUCUAGUCGAUGUUAACAACGAGUUUCGUGGGCUUACAUACGGCUAUCAAAAAACAAAUGGUUCAGCUGUGCUUAAAUCAUGUCUGGAAUAUGCAAUGAACCGCCAUGCCGACUUCCUUCCCGGCGAAGCUGGCUUUUUACUAGGAUUAUUGCAAGAGAUUGGAGAAUAUCUGCUCGAAAAAGGAACCUACAGCGAACAAGAAAUGGCGAAUGAAAUAACUCUUCAAGUUUUGGAUAUUUUGCUGAAAAGCGAACACUCGAUAAACAAGGAAAUGCAAGUUAAACAACUACAGUCGUUGGUACAGUCAGCUGCUGUUAAUAGAGAAACAAUAACAUCGCCUAUUCCCGUUCCUGUUCCAUCGACCUCAUUGCAGUUUCAUCAAAUGAGCUCAUUUCGUAUGCACAGGCAAUAUAUUAGAACAUUGCCAUUUAAUUCGCAAAUUUAUGGUGAUCAUCUAUUUUCGGAUCAAUUUUACAUUGAAAUAGCAUCAACUAGUAAUCUUCAAAAUAUUAUAUCAAAUGGAACCAUUUUACUAACUGUUAUAUCGUACAAAAAUCUAACAAACUAUUUACCUCGAAUGUAUUUCCAACGAAAUGGCUACGAGCCAAAUUUCGACUUUAAGGUGGCAUCACGGAUAAUCUCAUCAUAUCUCUACCAUUCCAAUCAAACAUCCCAGUACUUUCAUCCGAAGCCAUUAAAGUUAACAUUAGAUUCAGCUCAUGUGGAAAUCAUUUUUCAACACGAAAAUGCUGCAGACAGUGAAUGGAUUUCUAUUUGUGGGUAUGAUUUACAAGCAACCUUCACAGCAUCCUGGCGUACUGACCUUUGUGUUACGGAAAGUUUAAUGAUUAAUGUGACACGGUGUGUGUGUCCAGUCAGCGGUACUUAUGCAAUAUUAUUAACAAAGAAGAAUUUUAAUGCAACGAUAACUCGGAUAUCAUAUCAUCCGAUGUUUGUGAUAGUCAGCUGUGGAUGUUGUUUCAUACAGUCGUGCAUUGCAUUUGCAAUUUUGCUACCUAUACUGUACAGCCGUAAAUGUUCUGUGACAUUUUUAAAAAUGCAAUUCUGUACAGCCACCUCAACUUCAAUGGCUAUAUUCACGUUGGGACUCUUAAGGCUGCUACCACAAAACUGGCAUGGAAUUAUAAGUUCAAGCUUGGCUGGCUUACUACUGUUGGGUACGUCGACUCUAAUUGGAAUUACUCUAAUUAUUCAGUCUGAAUUGGACACCAGAAAGAGCCCGAAAAUUCAUUUAACUUCGGGAAUGCGUGGAGUGAUUGGCAUCAGCUGGCUGUUACCGAUAUUAUAUGCUGUAGCAUUACCACUCAUAUACACUGUGAUGGGUGAAUGGCCCAAAAACUGGUGGUUGGAUGUUAAGAGCCUCGGUUUCAUAUUGUUUGUUGUUAUCGAAUUGCUAUUUGUUUUGCUGUUUUGUUUGCUGAUAUUCACAUUAUUCCAAAAGCUUUUGUAUUUGGCGAAAAAGCACGAUAAACAUAAUGCGUCGAUAUUGAAAAGAAUCGCUCUGAUAUACCGCACCGCAAUCAUCUUAACUGUAAAACUAACAACAGAUACAUCCUAUCUCAUCUAUUUAAACUCAAACGAAUUUAUUCUCAACUAUGUGUUUGGAAUUUCCAGCAUUAUUUUGGGAUUUUCUGUACUUUUCUGCUUUGUUAUAAAAGCCGAAGAGAAGUUACAAUCCGAGACGAUAAAUAAGAGUACCACCAAACAAUGCAUCGAAGAAUAUUGUUCCGGUUCAAUAAAUAGUCCAAUAAGUUUUUAUACCAGCCACGACGGCGAGAAGGAAAAUGACGGUGCACCGACUAAAGGUACGAACAUGCCGUUGGAUAUGUUGAAUGCAUCGCAUAGAAAUCAUGUGGUCGGAAUGACUUCAGGCGAUAUAUGCGAAACGGGCUUUGCACAGUCGCUGGACAACCCAUCAUCAUUAGACAGUAAUUUUCGUAGUUUUAGUGUAGCAGCAGCUACUUCUUAUGAGUAUGACGUUCAACAAAGACAAUAUCUGGAUGCGUAUGCAACAAAUCAGGAGUCGUUUAACGUUGACGCAAAUGGUUUUGCUGUGAUCAAUUUGGAUAUAUUGCAGGGAUUGAAUAAAGGCGAAGUGAAAGAGCAUUCCAAAAUCACUUUCAUUGAAUCAUUACCAACCAUCGAUAUUAAUGAUGCUCCACCAUUCAAUAAGACAGCGCUUGUACAACAUGCCAUUCAGCCAACACAAUUAGCUGGCACAACCAACGCCACACCAUCGCCAUCAAAAGCUAAACCGUCUCCCCCAACCAUCACAAUAACGGAAGACGAUGGUGAUAAAUCGACAAAUGGUAUGCUUGAUCGAAUUUCACAUGAUUUGGACUUUCUGCUGAACCGGACGAUGGAGAUUCCGGUACGAAGGGCGAAUGGUAAUUUUCAAAAUCAGCAAAAUGAUCAAACAGAUAAAAGUGGUAUGAAUCCAUUGCCACCACCGAAUCUGUCCGUACAUGAAGUAAUUUUAGAAGAAUGUGAAGAUUAGUGUUACUGGUUUCUUCGGUUAUUUUGGUACAAUGAAUGUUACAUCAAAGCGUUUAGUUUUAUUGACUACUGGCAUUUAGGAUUCUUGAUGCUACAGGUGAUUUAUUGAUUUAUGCGAAUAGUAAGUAAGUAUACGAGAAACAUAUUGUUGAGCUUCAUGUUUAAUUUUCGCAACACAAUUAUUGCCAAUCAUAUUUGCAUCUGAGUUUUUUUUAGCUGUUUUACUAUCUGGCUCAUUU